UCUGUCUGUUCACUAUGUACGCUAGUUUAAAAGGAAACCUCCUCCGUAGUACAUGCACCGCGAGGAUAUUGACAGGCUUGCGGACGGACAAGUCAUUGCUUCAUGAUCGGGUUCCAAGUUUGCACUGGCUUCAGUGAGAGAAGGAAGAGCGUUCCAGACCGAAACAGAAACAUGGCGGGAUUGCUUUCGCUGUUGCAGACUACUUGCACGCACAUGUACUGUAGUAGACACCUAUACGAUCCUGGUGCGCGCGGCAUCACGAAGCUUUCCUCGAACCCUGCCGCGCUUGUGGACGUUGGCUCAUCAGUCUAUCAAACUCCGCCCUCCAUUAUCACGCCCAGAAAACGGCUCAUCUCUUGUGACUCAAAACUCGUACUCUGCGUGGUCUGUUCGGACCACUGCAGCGCGUACCCGUACUACGGAACUCAGUAUUCGACAGAGUGCUGGUGCGGUGACGAGAACGCGGACUAUGGUGCGAACGGUGCCAGCAACGAGUGCGUGGUGCCCUGCGCGGGUGACGCCAGUGAGAUGUGUGGAGGCUCCUACAGUAUGAGUGUCUACCAGAACGAAGUGGAAAUCCCUGUGCACCCCGCGUACCGUGGCUGCUACUCCGACCCAGGCACCAACCGUGUUUUCGUGCAGGACGAUUCCUCUGACGAGAUGACCGCAGAGGUGGCAGCCAGCUGUGGGCUGGUCCUGCUGCCUUUCGUGUUUCAUCAUCCCUUCCUUGAUGGCACGGUGCUCUUCUGA